GUCCAGGGCGGUGCAGGGAACCUUCCCGUCUCUGUCCCUCUGCCUGUUGCAUGUGGGCACUGGGGUAGACACACCUGUUCCUUGUUAGGGGCUCAACAGACAGGCCUCCAGGAGAUUAAUUAAUGCCAAACGGCUGGCAGCUCCAGCAGCCUGGCCACCCCAGGGCCCUGUCCUGGCGGCACAAACUGACGCCAGAAAUGCUGCUCCAAUCCCACCCAGCAGUUCUGGAGACACAGGGGGCCAUGUUGCUGGCACAACCCUGUCCUUGAGCCUAGAAGGCAGAGAAAGCUUAAGUGAUGGCAGGCAGCCAGAGCCAAGUGGCAGGGCAUUCCCUCGGCCACAUCUAUCACUCGCCCCCCGAAAUACUCAUUCGUCCCUGGCUAAGCCCUGGCCUUGCUGUGUGACCUUAGCCAUGUCUCUUAUCUUCUCUGGGCAGUUCCCCCCCACCCCCGCAUCUGUAAAAUGGACAUGGGACUGGGUCAUCACUGAGACAAACCCCCCCCCCAGUCUUUGUUAUCGGCUGACCUGCCUGAUUCCCAGAGCCCCUGAGGGCACCCAUUCCACGUUGACUUCCCUUGGCGCCCCUCGGUGGUGAGGGCUGUCUGUGUCCUCUGCCCCAGGCCCACGUGCUUUCUAGUUCUCCAUGUGAUUAACCCCGGCCCGUGCGUGCUCAGGACACCGGCCACCGUGAGUCCUGGCCAGACCCCGCCCUCACAGACCAGCCCUGCCUUCCCAGCGCCAGGGCCAGGCGUCUGCUCCCACAGUGGCCACCUCCAGUCUGCCCAGCACAUUCCUCAGGCUUAUCCGGAGGCCCGCCCCACUGGACUCUGCCCUCCCACCCAGGAAGCGGCACCCAGGGGAGCUGCAGGAGUUCCAGGGCUUGGAGUGGGCUGAUUCUCAGCCUCUCGCCUGGGCUGGAGAACCAGCAGGCGCGGGGCGAAGGAGCUGCUAGAACAAUGCUGAGGCGGGCGAGGUGAGGAGCAGCCCGUGCGGCAGCCCCGACGGACUGGCGCGAGCAGGUGAUCAGAGGCGCCGAGCCCGAGGCCACCUGGGCGUCCCUCCCCUCCCCGCCCCUCCGCCGGCCGGAGCCCCAGAGCCGGUGGGGAAACCAUGGCGACCAAUUUCAAUGACAUCGUCAAGCAAGGCUACGUGAAGAUGAAGAGCAGGAAGCUCGGGAUCUAUCGGAGGUGCUGGCUGGUGUUCCGGAAAUCCUCCAGCAAGGGGCCCCAGCGGCUGGAGAAGUAUCCAGAUGAGAAGUCAGUGUGCCUCCGAGGCUGCCCCAAGGUGACGGAGAUCAGCAAUGUCAAGUGUGUCACACGGCUCCCCAAGGAGACCAAGAGACAGGCGGUGGCCAUCAUAUUCACUGAUGACUCGGCACGUACCUUCACCUGCGACUCAGAGCUGGAGGCAGAGGAGUGGUACAAGACACUCUCGGUGGAGUGUCUGGGAUCGAGGCUCAACGACAUCAGUCUGGGAGAGCCGGACCUCCUGGCCCCGGGAGUGCAGUGUGAGCAGACAGACCGCUUCAACGUCUUCCUGCUGCCCUGCCCCAACCUGGACGUGUAUGGCGAGUGCAAGCUGCAGAUCACCCACGAGAACAUCUACCUCUGGGACAUACACAACCCCCGCGUGAAGCUCGUCUCGUGGCCCCUCUGCUCACUGCGCCGCUACGGCCGGGAUGCCACACGCUUUACCUUCGAGGCUGGCCGGAUGUGUGACGCUGGGGAAGGGCUCUACACCUUCCAGACGCAGGAGGGAGAACAGAUUUACCAGCGGGUCCACAGUGCCACCCUGGCCAUUGCCGAGCAGCACAAGCGGGUCCUGCUGGAGAUGGAAAAGAACGUGAGGCUGCUCAACAAGGGCACUGAACAUUACUCAUACCCCUGCACGCCCACUACCAUGCUGCCCCGCAGUGCCUACUGGCACCACAUCACGGGUUCCCAGAACAUCGCCGAGGCCUCCAGCUAUGCCGGUGAAGCGUAUGGGGCAGCCCAGGCCAGCUCAGAAACGGACCUCCUCAACAGAUUCAUCCUGCUCAAGCCAAAGCCCAGCCAGGGGGACAGCAGCGAGGCCAAGACCCCAUCCCAGUGACCGCAGAGCGGCGCGCACGGAUGACUGCUGGGGCCCCCUGCUGCGGGGCCACUUACCGCGUAUUGUGGACGCCUGGAGGGGCUGUUGGCCAAGAGCCUGAAGGAAGGAAGCAAGCUGUCCCUUCUUUGUCCCCAAGGGUGAGACUGGACCAAGGCAAAGGGCUGGCCACGCCACCUGAGCAUGUGUGAGGGGCUGGAGCUACCACAGGACUGUAUACUGUUAAUGAUUUUAAUAUAUAUGGCUUAUGACAUAUUCUAUAUUAAUAAGAUUUCCCCUCUCUGUCCCUCCCUGCCACCACAUACAUUUUUUAAGCCCAUGACCAAACCCCAGUCAAGGCUGUUUUUCAAUGUGAACAGCUAUUUCCUGUCCCCCAAGGUACCAGCCCUCCUGAGCUGCCAGGGCUAGAGGAGGCAGCCAAGCCGCACUCCCGGCUGGUGCUCUGGCUGCUGGCUUCUCCCAAGCAGGCCAGGGUGGAGACAGCACGCGGCUUCUUAGUCCCUCUGGGCCCACAGAGUGGCACAGGAAGGAUCCGAACAUACAUUGUGCCACUUGGCAGCCUUGCACUUGGAGUUUUAAGCAGAGGUGACAUCUCGUUGACACCUCAGGUGAAAAUCUGGUUUAAAAUGGUUUCUGCCCAGGCUUCUUCCUGCUUAGUAGGCUGAGAAGACACCCUGGGGUUGGGGGUGCUGGUUACCUCAGCCGGGGGAGGAUGGCCGGACCCGAGCGUGUCCCUGCCCCCGGGCCAGGCCAGCAGGGAAGGCCAAGCUGCAGGAGGACUGCUGAGGGAGCACCCCGCAGCCCUCUCACUGACUGGGGUGGGCAGGGCCCCUGCAGGGGGAGCCCCUCUGCCCGUCUGGCUCCCGGCCAGCCAGAAGUACUCAGAAACCAAGACCUUCCCACUUCCUCCUCCCCACAUGGUGCUGAGGCUCCCUGCUGAAAUGCAAUUAAAGCAAUUGAUUUUCUAGUGCUGGUAUUUAUUGACUACCGUGCAGAAGGGCUAUCUUUCUACUCACAUCAAACCUGCGGUUGCGUGUGUGUUGAGUUUUUUGUUUUUAAUAUUUUAGGACUCUGAUUUGUGAGAAUAGACCUUGUAAAUAACCACUGUUCAAGUCGUGGCAGGAGGAGGAUAAAGCAAAAGGCCCCCUCCGCCAGAACCCUGGAGCCAGGGAGGUGGCCACAGCCAGCUCAGCUUUGGACCUGACCCAGGGACCCACCACCCAGAGGAGUAAGCUAGCCUGAAGGGAGCCCCGAGGCCACGGAGAGGGAGGCGGAGCUGACUGGCUCACAGGUAGUGGCACGAUGACGCAUGAAGGAGAUGACGUUGUGCUCUUUAUUGCCAAAAAUAAAAACUUUUAAAAGACAACUCAUACACAUCCCUUCCUUUCUGUACUAGGUCUCUGAUUUUCUCCAGGCUUCUCUGGCCAGGCUGCCUAAUUAACUGCUUUGGGUAUGUUCCUACCUCUAAGGCUGAGCCAGGGGCAAGG